UGUUGUGGGAUGGGUGUUGGGUGGGGGCGGGCCGAGCCCCGGGCAGUGUCGGAGCCCAGCCAGGAGUCUGAGUCUGCGUCCGCGCCCCGCACCGUGAGCCGCUCCGCCGGCGCCAUGAGCCGGAGGAGCCUCUCGCUCCGGUUCCCGCUGCUCCUGCUCCUGCUGCCACCGCCCGCGGUCCUGCCCGCCGAGCCUAGGGUGCCCGCACCCGUGAACCCUUGUUGCUACUUUCCGUGUCAGAACCAGGGGGUCUGUGUCCGCUUUGGCCUUGAGCACUACGAGUGUGACUGCACCCGCACGGGCUACAGCGGCCCCAACUGCACCGUCCCUGAGCUCUGGACUUGGCUCCGGAAUUCCUUGCGGCCCAGCCCUGCUUUCUUUCACUUCCUGCUUACACAUGGACGCUGGUUUUGGGAGUUCAUCAAUGCCACCUUCAUACGAGACAUGCUUAUGCGCCUGGUACUCACAGUGCGGUCCAAUCUCAUCCCCAGCCCCCCGACCUACAAUUUAGCACAUGACUACAUCAGCUGGGAAUCUUUUUCCAAUGUCAGCUAUUAUACUCGAAUUCUGCCCUCUGUGCCCAAAGACUGCCCCAAGCCUAUGGGCGCUAAAGGGAAGAAACAGCUGCCGGAUGCACAGCUCCUGGGCCAGCGCUUCCUGCUCAGGAGGAAAUUCAUCCCUGACCCCCAAGGCACAAAUCUCAUGUUUGCCUUCUUUGCACAACACUUCACCCACCAGUUCUUCAAGACUUCCGGCAAGAUGGGUCCUGGCUUCACCAAGGCCUUGGGCCACGGGGUAGACCUUGGCCACAUUUAUGGAGAUAAUCUAGAGCGUCAGUAUCACCUGCGGCUCUUUAAGGAUGGGAAACUCAAGUAUCAGGUGCUGAACGGGGAGGUGUAUCCGCCAUCAGUGGAAGAGGUGCCCAUAUUGAUGCACUAUCCACGGGGUGUCCCACUCCAAAACCGGAUGGCCGUGGGCCAAGAAGUGUUUGGGCUGCUGCCGGGGCUCAUGCUGUAUGCCACGCUCUGGCUGCGUGAGCACAACCGUGUGUGUGACCUGCUGAAGGCAGAGCAUCCCACCUGGGAUGAUGAACAGCUCUUCCAGACCACCCGCCUCAUCCUCAUAGGUGAAACCAUCAAGAUCGUCAUUGAAGAGUACGUGCAGCAGCUGAGUGGCUACUUCCUGCAGCUCAAGUUUGACCCUGAACUGCUGUUCCGAGCCCAGUUCCAGUACCGCAACCGCAUCGCCAUGGAGUUCAACCACCUGUAUCACUGGCACCCACUCAUGCCUGACUCCUUCAAGGUGGGCUCCCAGGAGUACAGCUACGAGCAGUUCUUGUUCAACACCUCCAUGCUAGUGGACUAUGGAGUCGAGGCCCUGGUGGAUGCCUUCUCUCGCCAGAGCGCUGGCCGGAUUGGUGGGGGUAGGAACAUAGACCACCAUGUUCUGCACGUGGCGGUGGAGGUCAUCAAGGAGGCUCGAGAGAUGCGGCUGCAGCCAUUCAAUGAGUACCGCAAGAGAUUUGGCAUGAAGCCUUACACCUCUUUCCAGGAGCUCACCGGGGACAAGGAGAUGGCAGCUGAGUUGGAGGAGUUAUAUGGAGACAUCGAUGCUUUAGAGUUCUACCCAGGAUUGCUCCUUGAAAAAUGCCUACCGAACUCCAUCUUUGGGGAGAGUAUGAUCGAGAUUGGGGCUCCCUUUUCCCUCAAGGGACUCCUGGGAAAUCCCAUCUGCUCCCCGCAGUACUGGAAGCCAAGCACAUUUGGUGGUGAGGUGGGCUUCAACCUCGUCAACACGGCCACACUGAAGAAGCUAGUCUGCCUCAACACCAAGACCUGUCCCUACGUCUCUUUCCGCGUGCCCAACUCCAGUCAAGACGAUGGAUCUGCUGUUGAGCGGCCAUCCACAGAACUCUGAGGGGACAGUGAAGUGACAUUCUGGAGGACAGAGCUUUGUUCUGGUGAUUCCAGAAUGCUGAGGCCAACACAGAUGAUCUCCAGCCUUGGUUUUCUGGUUUGGCAUUGUGAGUGUCAGGGUUGACAUUUAGGUCUUUGGGUCUCACGUCUUACCUGGAAUACCAUGGGUUUUUUGUUUUUGUUUUUUGGUUACUCUAUAAUACUGAAUUCCUCGUUCACCCUUCAGAAUGGUAGGAGUGGUUGGUUCUCCCUGGGAUUUCCAGAAAAGUGGUUAACUAAUUAACAACCUAUAAUAUCAGAGUUCUAGUUGAUCUGAAAUGUAGACCCUCUAAAAUUUAGAUUUCCUGGUAAGUUCUCCUAAAAAGGUAAGGGAUUCUUAUUUUGUAUUCUAGAAUCUGGGUGGCCCUUCAGAAUGUUGACUGUCUUGGCUGGAAUGUUGUGCUCAUGGUUGAUGACCCAGAGCAGAGGCUGGUGGGCCACAUUAGUCCUGAUGCUGAUUCAAUUCCUUUUACUGUCCAAGGAGAUUACUGAGGGCAGGGGAACCUAAUUACCAACAAGAUUACAUUGCUUCAAUCUGUUUCCAUCCUGAAGGGUAAGGAAGUGGGGGUGUUCUUGGGACCUCCACUUAAACUCUGAUCUAAAGGUACAGAGAGAACAUCAGGGCUUUUCCAGUCCAUUGGUUGGAAGCUGCCAGAGCUCUGUCCCCAUCCAGGGCUUGACUUGUGGCAGCUGUCAUAAAACUAAUAAAAUUUUCUUUUCAAAA